AUGGCGGCGGCGCUGCUGCUGCUUUUUUCGCUCCGCAGCCGGCCGGGCCGAUGGCGGCUCCAGGCCGCGGGAUGCAGCUGGAGCCUCAGGCCAGUCACCGCCGCGGUCGCCGGGCUCGGGGGGAGGCAGUUCUACUGCACCCCGAGUGGUCCUGCUGGGUCUGGCGACCGAGUCCUACAGAGUUUACUUUUGAGGACAUUGUCCCCUACCUUUCAAGGAAUCAGAGGAUUGUUAUUUAAACAACAUCUAAUUCAGAAUCCAGUCAGACUCUGGAAACUUCUAGGUGGCACUUCUUAUUUUAGUACCUCCAGGAUGAAGCAAAAGAAUAAGGAGAAAGAAAAAUCCAAGGGAAAAAUACCAGAAGAUGAUGAAGAGGAAAAGAAACGGAAAGAACGGGAAGAUCAGAUGUAUCGUGAACGGUUACGGACCUUAUUUGUCAUUGCUGUUGUCAUGACCCUGCUGAACUCUCUAAACAUUAGUGUGGCUAGCAUUUCCUGGAGCGACUUUGUGAAUGAGAUGCUGGCAAAGGGGGAAGUGCAGCGGGUCCAGGUGGUACCAGAGAGCGAUGUAGUGGAAAUCUAUCUGCACCCAGGAGCUGUUGUAUUUGGCCGACCUCGGUUUACCUUGAUGUACCGGAUGCAGGUUGCAAACAUUGACAAGUUUGAAGAGAAGCUGCGUGCGGCUGAAGAUGAACUGAACAUUGAAAGCAGAGACAGGAUUCCAGUGUCCUACAAACGGACAGGCUUCUUUGGAAAUGCACUUUAUGCCCUGGGAAUGACAGCUGUGGGUGUGGCCAUACUAUGGUGCAUUUUCCGCCUUGCUGGGAUGACAGGAAGGGAAGGGGGAUUCAGUGCUUUUAACCAACUGAAAAUGGCUCGCUUCACUGUUGUGGAUGGAAAGCUUGGGAAAGGGAUCAGCUUCAAAGAUGUAGCAGGAAUGCAUGAAGCCAAAUUAGAAGUCAAGGAGUUUGUGGAUUAUCUAAAGAGUCCAGAGCGCUUCCUCCAGCUUGGUGCCAAAGUCCCAAAGGGUGCUUUAUUGCUUGGACCCCCAGGUUGUGGAAAGACUUUGUUGGCCAAGGCAGUAGCUACGGAAGCCCAAGUGCCAUUCCUGGCAAUGGCUGGCUCAGAGUUUGUAGAAGUGAUAGGAGGUCUUGGAGCGGCUCGAGUCCGAAGCCUGUUUAGAGAAGCCCAGAACCGAGCCCCGUGUAUUGUUUAUAUUGAUGAGAUCGAUGCUGUGGGCAAGAAGCGAUCUACUACUAUGUCUGGCUUCUCCAACACUGAGGAGGAACAGACUUUAAACCAGCUUUUGGUUGAAAUGGAUGGAAUGGGAACUACAGAUCAUGUCAUAGUGUUGGCUUCUACCAAUCGAGCUGAUAUUUUGGAUAAUGCGUUGAUGAGACCAGGGAGACUUGACCGACAUAUUUUUAUUGAUCUCCCUACACUACAGGAAAGAAGGGAGAUAUUUGAACAGCAUCUGAAGAGUCUGAAGCUGACCCAGACUGGUAGUUUUUAUUCCCAGCGUUUAGCAGAGCUCACGCCUGGGUUUAGCGGAGCUGACAUUGCAAAUAUAUGUAAUGAAGCUGCUCUACAUGCUGCAAGAGAAGGACACAAAUCAAUUGAUACAUUUAAUUUUGAAUAUGCCGUGGAGCGAGUGAUUGCAGGUACUGCCAAAAAAAGCAAGAUUCUGUCCAAGGAAGAGCUAAGGAUUGUGGCAUUUCACGAGUCAGGCCAUGCUUUGGUUGGCUGGCUACUGGAGCACACAGAGGCAGUGAUGAAGGUCUCCAUAGCACCACGGACAAAUGCUGCCCUGGGAUUUUCUCAGAUCCUCCCUAAAGACCAGUAUCUCUUUACUAAGGAGCAGCUAUUUGAGCGGAUGUGCAUGGCUUUGGGAGGCCGAGUGUCUGAAGCCAUUUCUUUUAAUAAGGUUACUUCAGGGGCACAGGAUGAUCUAAGGAAAGUCACUAAAAUAGCCUAUUCCAUGGUGAAGCAGUUUGGGAUGGUGCCUAGCAUCGGCCCUAUUUCCUUCCCUGACCAGCAGGAGAGCACAUCAGGCAUAGGAAGACGACCCUUUAGCCAAGGGCUUCAACAAAUGAUGGAUCAUGAAGCAAAACUGCUGGUGGCUAAAGCGUACAGGCACACAGAGAAGGUACUGCAGGAGAACGAAGCCAAGUUGCAGUCGUUGGCUAAUGCCUUGUUGGAGAAGGAAGUGAUAAACUAUGAGGACAUUGAGGCCUUAAUCGGCCCACCUCCCCAUGGGCCUAAAAAAAUGAUCACUCCGCAGAAAUGGAUUGUCGCAGAGAGAGAGAGACAAGGCACAGAGGAGGAUGAGCCACCCCAACCCCGGCACCCCCGAGAGGACGGCCUGGAUGAGGAAGAAUCAUCCCAACAAAAAUAGUCUGAACUCUUUUCUCAGAGGGUUAGAAAAGGGGUCAGCAUUUCCUCCAGAAACCAGAAAACAAACAUCCCGUUCAGUUGACCUACUAGGUUUCAUUUAAACUGGGAUCUCCGGUUCUUGUGUCCAGACAUCACCGUGAAACCUGUAACAUCGCACAAAUUACACAAGGCAACCUCCCCAGGUGCAGGUCUGAGCUACAUUCACUCAUUAACCAUUAGUAAAUCCUUUUGCAGAGGAUUCGGGAUUUUUAUAUCUUUUCCCCUACGGGGACACUCUCUAUCACAGAUGACAGGUGUUGCCUAUUUCCUAGUGCUCUGAGGUUUAUAAACACUCUUAUUGAGAACAUAGAACAGUGCCAACCUGUUGUCCAUGAAGAACAAUAGUCACAUUUCUUAAGAAUCCCAUGUCUGCCUGACAGUUGAUAUAUGACCUUUUCCCUGGUUUCUCUGGCUUUAUCAGAAUAACUAAUGAAAUGUUCAAGAAAGGACUCUACAGCUACACUGAUCUGACAAUUAUUUUGUCUCUUAACUGUGAGCCCUCUCAUUAUGUCAUCUGGUAAAUGAGCUUGUACUGUUAUGGGAAAUGAAAGAAAGCACAUUUAUGGGAUUAAAAUAUCUUCACCUGAUGCUAUUUAACUGGAUAUCAUGUUUACAGAGAUAUUCUUAAUGCUUUAUUUUCAAAGUAUUUAUGACACCUUGCUUUUUAUACCUGGGUAAACUGUUGCAGUGUUUGAUUAAUAAAUUUUGCAGGAUGA